AUGCCGGCAGAUCACUUCCAGGUGAAGUUGGGCGGCAACUGGAAGGACUACGGUGGCAAUGAGGACAAGAUCUUGAAGCGUGCGUACUUGGCUGGCUUCCCCCAUGCCAAGUACAAGCUGCGAGGGCAGCAGUAUGAGGUGGAUUUCUCUGGCAUGAACCAGAAGAACAUGCGAACCGGAAAGGCCCGCGAAAUCCGCCCCCCGUUCAAGUGGAAGCCGCCGCCAAAGCCGAUUGUCGAGCCUGGCCCCACCUUUUGCAUCAAGGUCCCGGCAGGGGCCCCGGGAACGGUCAUUCAUGUUCCCCACCCGCAGCAGAAGGGCCAGUUCAUCGCGGUCAACGUGCCGGCGAGUGCCAAGGUGGGGGCUGCUUUGCUGGUGCCCAUUCCCAAGGACUCCGACCUGCCCAAGCCUGUGGCGGACCCGACGCCUUCCGCACCACCAGCGGAUCCCGCUGCACCAGCCGCACCCGCCGCAGACAAGGCCAAGAGCGGGGGUUGGAGCACGGGCGCCAAGGUUGCUGCCGGUACGGCAGGUGUCGUGGCCGUGGGUGGACUGGCGGUGGCAGGCGCCGUGCUGGGUGAGCACAUCGCCGAGGAGGGCUGGGAUGCCACUAUGGCCGAGCUCGGCGAUGUCGCCGCCGAUGCAGGUGAGGCCAUUGCCGGAGCCGCCGAGGAUGUCGGUGAGGCCAUCGCCGGAGCUGCUGAGGAUGCAGGAGAGUGGAUUGCCGGCGCUGCUGAAGAUGUCGGCGACUUCGUCAUGGACCUGUUCUGA